AUGAGUGAACGGCUGCUCACUGCGCUCGGGCGCGUCGGCGUUGCUGUUGGGGCUACAGGCCUUGUUGUCAAGUCGUGCCUCUAUGAUGUGGAUGGCGGCCAGCGGUGCAUCAUGUUCAACCGGUUCGGCGGCGUUUCACCCCGUCCAAUUGGGGAGGGCUUGCACUUUUUCCUGCCCUGGCUGCAAGUGCCGCAUCUCUACGACAUCAGGACGCAGCCUAAGGUGAUUACCACUACUACAGGCACGCGCGAUCUGCAGAUGGUGUCUCUCUCGCUCCGCCUGCUGUACCGACCCAAUGAGGCUCGCCUCCCGGUGUUGCACCAGACGUUGGGGCCAGACUAUGCAGAGCGCGUGCUGCCUUCCAUCGGCAACGAAGUGCUCAAGGCAGUUGUAGCUCGAUACGAUGCAGAGAGCUUACUCACACAGAGGGACCGAGUCUCCCAGGAUAUCCGAGAGAACAUUACGCAAAGGGCAAAGCACUUUGAUAUCGAACUCGACGAUGUCGCCAUUACGCACUUAAGCUACGGCAAGGAGUUUGCACGAGCCAUUGAGGAGAAGCAAGUUGCGCAGCAGGAGAGCGAGAGGAUCAAGUUCGUGGUUGCCAUGACGGAGCAGGAGAAGAAAGCAGCAGUCGUCAAGGCAGAGGGAGAGGCGGAGGCAGCCUCCCUUAUUUCCAAGGCUAUAAAGGAACACGGGGGAGGCCUCAUUGAGGUUCGCCGCUUGGAUGCCGCAAGGGAGAUCGCAGACACGCUUGCCAAAUCCAAGAAUGUUACAUACCUUCCUCAGGGCGUUAAUAUGCUCUUCUCUUCGCAGUAG